GAUUCAUAGAGAUUCUAGAAUUCCAAAGUCAGUUCAUUCUAUUAGUUUUCGAAAUUUUGCAUUUGCAAGACCUACGAGGAAAUAAAAGGUAAAUUAUCUUUUUGCUUAGAGUGGUGGAAAGAUGAUAGGUCUGGUGAUUCCCUAGCACUUCCAAGUGUUCGAAUCGUAAAGCAAUGUGAUUGUAGAAAAAUAGAAGACAAAACUUGAAAAAAUUAGACUUCGAUUGCAAGAGCAUGAAAAUUUUUAUACAUAGCAUUUUUUCAAAAUUUUGAAUAUGGGUUCUCUCCACUCCAUUUAAAAAAUCGUUGCUCCCAACUACUGCCCUCUGCGCUUAGCUUUACAAGUAGCAUUUCCCCAGUGCGAACGAUUGCCUAUGCGGCAACGAAUUUGUUCGUUUCAAACAUGGUGCUUUCCAAUUCCUCUGCCUUGUUUAUCCGCUUGAAUUAUUCACAAAAUGUAUUUAACAAGGGUAAAAAAGCGGUGACUACUGUAUUGUCAGGAAGUUUCAAUAACUUGGUGACAACACAAAGAUUGUACACAGCAAACCCUGGGAAGACGAGCUACGUAAAAGAUGAAACUGAAAACACCCCAAGCAGGGGAAAAAUUAGCAGAGCAAUGAGAGCAUAUCUUGAGCGUGCUAAAGCACACAACGAGUUCAUGAACAAAGAAACAGUAGAGUUUAACGUUGGUAAACGUCACUUGGCUAACAUGAUGGGUGAGGAUCCAGAAACCAUAACACAGGAUCAAAUCAAUAAAUCUAUAGAAUAUUUAUUUCCAUCUGGUCUGUUUGAGCCACGUGCAAGACCUAUGAUGCGCCCACCAGCAGAGAUUUUUCCACAGCGUAAAGCUGCUGAAUUUGACGAAGCAGGAAGGCCUUUCCACUCAAUGUUCUACACAUCAAAGCCCAAUUAUUAUCAGCUUUUAUAUGACAUCGUGGAAGCGAUUAACACUUUGAAAGAGCAGAGACUCAAGUCGAAGCAUUUGGUUCAAAUCGCUCCACAGACUGAAGUAAAUAUUGUUGGCUCUACAUGGCUUACUAAACCUGAAAUGGAAGCUAUUCUGUUGGAAGUCCUCAUUGAUAAGGAUUACGACGAAUUUGUGCGAGCUAUGGAAAGAUUGUUGAAAUAUCCUGGCUUCGAACAGUACAAAGAUUUGAUUAUGAAGUAUCGAAAGCCACUCAUGAAUAAAACCGAACAGUUACAGCCCCCUAAGCUCGAGUACACCUCUGAUGGAAUACCUUUCAUUACAACUAAACGUUGUAUGAGGAAAUCUGCCAGAGGAGAAGUGACUAUACGGGGUAAAGGAUCUGGAAAAAUCACCAUCAAUGGCCAGAGUAUUCUUUACUUUGAUGAUGUGCAAGGUAGAGAACAGGUCAUCUUUCCAUUGAUAUUUACUGGUCUUGCCAACACCGUUGAUGUGGAGGCAACGGUGAAUGGAGGUGGACCAUCAAGUCAAGCUGGUGCCAUCCGAUGGGGUAUUGCAUGGGGUCUGAGAAGUUUUGUAGAUCCCGAUAUGAUAGAACGAAUGAGAAUUGCUGGUUUACUAAAGAGGGACCACAGAAUACGUGAACGAAAGAAGCCAGGCCAAGAGGGUGCCAGGAGAAAGUUUACUUGGAAGAAACGCUAGUUUCAUCACGAUGUUUAUCCCAUGAGAGCGAUCGUUUCAGCUACAUUUUAUUCAGUGGCUGCAGUCCAAGUAGCUUCAUACCUUGGGCAAGGAUAUUUCUUGCUGCAUGAAAAACUAAUAAUCUCUGGGAUCCAAUAUCCGUUGGCUCUCCCUUAACCCUCAGGAUUUUUAGUCCUUUGUUAAUG